UGUACUUUUAUGCACGAUAGUGUUAAUCGAAAUGGUGACCAUUUUUGUAUAAAAAUCGAUUAAAGAUAUUCGAACAGCAUUAGUGUAAUUUUGAACUUGGAACGUGAAUCUUACUUCGUAUACUUGGAUAAAAUUGAGACAAUGAGGACUUUACUCAUUGUAUUCUCAAUUUUCUGUGUCUCUGUGAUUCUUGCUCAUGAACCUGUAAAGCACCACGAGCAUCUUGAUCAUAAGCAUUAUUAUCCACCACCACCUCCACCACCACCAAUCAAGUAUAAACCACCGCCACCGCCGCCGCCGCCACCACCACCACCACCACCACCUCCUCCGCCGCCUCCUCCUCCUCCUCCACCACCUCCAAAACAUCACUACAAACCACCACCACCUCCACCUCCUCCGAAAGAAUAUUACAAACCCCCACCUCCUCCUCCUCCUCCUCCACCCCCACCAGUACACUAUGGUAAAUAUUAAUCGGAUUCAUCCGUUUAAAAUUAUGUGGUAAGUGGUCAAAAUUUCUUCACUCAAAAUGACAUUUCUUAAAAAAUUUCCAGUCCUUUCAAGUUGUGCCUCACUAGGUACCUAUUUUUAAUCAUUGUAUUUAAUCAUAAUAUUCUUGUUUUGGAGAUUUUCUAAUUUCUUUAAUUUCAAUUAUUGAGCUUUUGUUGUAAUUUCACGGUGCUCUAUGAUAUGUAUUAUAUAUAGUUUCUAAUUAUUUUGAUACAUAGAAAAUAUUGUGUAAGCUCGAUGCAUUUUAUUAUCCAACUUACCUUAUUUUAAUAAAGAAAAUAGCAUGUUUC